CGCCGUAGCGUGGUGUUGGCAGGGCAACGACGAACCCACUCACAGGUGAAACUGCCAACCAGACGACGAACCUGGGCCGACUCCUACAACAAACUUCCGCGACGGACGUUGACAGCUUUAAAUUAUUGUUUCUUUCUUUCUUUCUUUAAAUUACGACAUCGGGCUUAUCGCUCCCUUUUUUAAUGAAUGAUUCAUAGGGAAUAAUAUCCGAUACUGGUGUUUCUACUACAAGGGAAUAAUAAUAUUUCUUAAAAACGCGUCGCUUUUCAAGUCACUGUCGAGCAUUCCGUUGACAAUUUGCUGCCUCCUAAUGGAGAUAAAGGAUACAGUCGGGAUAUGCUCCUCGGGCCCAACAUGCAACACUUCACCUUUUGCAAAUCAGUGGCGGUUCACGCCCGUCGCGGUAUCGAAGAUAAAGGCGCCGCGCCUGUGGGAUCGCAAACCCUCGACGCCAUUCCUGGCACGUUCCAGGCCGCGCAAAUUGUGGAAGCGCUUCCGGAGCUCGUUCGACACCAUGAAACAACUCCGACGGCCAGCGGGUGAUGAGGAAGAUGAGCUGGUGACUGAGAUCAACUCAUCCGCAUCGAAGGGUUUAGCCCGCGGCGUGAAGAGACGUUGUCUCGAUACCAACGGUCCCGGAGUCGCUACCGCCGGAGAGAUCGAGCGUGGACGGUCCUUUCUCGAAACCAAGUGGGAGUUAGAGACAACCAGAAGACGAAAAUACGCGACACACACGGAGUGCCAUCGCCCAGCUACUCAACCGGAGACCGCAACUGAUGGCCAGGACGGACCGGAAAACUACUCGCAAGAAACAAACCCGGCAUUUGAGAACAAUACGCAAGGAAGUUCGCCCAUUCCAAGUGAGGGGCAGGAUGCGACAUCCGACAGCGGAAGUCCAGACGAAGAUACCUUCUUGAACGGCCAACUUGCAUUAGACCUGCCUGCGUCUCCAACAAAGGAAGCCCCGAGCUGUGAUCAACCCACAAGUCUCUGUGAAGAUGAAAAGGCCAGCGAAACUGUGGCCGAUGAGGAUGCCACCGCUCUCGUCCAAGCUUUCAAUUCAGACUGCCACCGGCAGGAUACUCAAGACUCACAAGAGACAGGCGAGACGGUUCCCGAGACGGCGGCCAAUUUGGACAAAGGCUCUCGCAUUGGCCAUGGCAACUCCCCAGGCCCGGACGGUCCGUUCCCCGCGAUCAGCGUCGUGAUCGAGCACAAGAGCCAAAGCGCCGCAUCGGAGGGCAAAGCGUUGAUUGCUGAGGAGGCGACUCUUAUUCGAUCGGCACUGAGAUCUGCUGCUCUGGACGGCGAGGAUGAAGAACUGCUCAACAACUUCCUGUCGCGAGCUAAAGCCAAACGGGCCGCGCACGCUGCAGUGACCCCGAAGGAUGGUGAUCAGGUUCAGUCCGCUCCAGCAGAUUUGGUGCCAGAGUCGCCCACUCCUCGCAGCCGUCGGGCCCUGGAAGAGCUCGAUACCAACUCCCCGUCUCUAGCACCUCCAUCCCCCGCCAAAAUCGAUGGCGCCCUGGUCGCUGCUGGCGAAGACUCCAAAGAUGCUGGCCCCGGAGAACCCGAGGACCCCCAGCUCGCCAGUCCAACCCGUCGCCGGAGCAGCAGGACGAAGCCGUCGAAAGCGCCCAAGCGCGCACCACCUCCCGCCGUCCCCAACCAGAUCCCUGUCCGCCGCCCGAAGGGGACGGAGUUUGUGUUCCUCCAGCGGACCGAGGCCCAGGAGCUGGCGCUGACCACACGCCGGAACACCAAGCGCAACCGGGGCAAUGCACGGAUGCCGAAGGAGAUGCUGCAGACUCUGGCACAGCGGCAGGAGGACGACAGCGACUCCACCAGCGGCUCGUCGCGAUCUCGCCGGCGUCGAGGGAAGGGCAAGACGGUGUCGUGGAGCGAGCAGCUGGUUGCUGGAAGUACUUCUAGUUCCUGCACUACUGCAUCUCCGUCUCCUGCACCAGCCACACCCCGCGCCCUGUCCCCCGCCAGUAUUGCCUCGCUCAUCCCAACGGCCGUCACCACCGCGUCCGAGUCCGACCUCAGUCAACGCAAGCGACUGGUCCCCAAGGCCCCUGGAGCGUCCAAGGGUACGAUCGCGCGAUCACGUCUGCCAGCGCGCACGACCGCCAGCAGCACGAGUAGUAAAGCUCCGGUCAAGAGCAAGAGCACCGGCAUACUUCACGCCGCAGCUGGCUCGACGCCGAUGCCGAAACGCGUGCGGGCCAGGAGGUAGUAGUGUAGUAUAGUAAUCUGGCACCGGUGCCUGGUUGAGGAGGAAAGUGGAGGACAAUCGUAUCCAUCCACUUUGGCGGCAUGUGGAUCAUCUAUCUUUCUGUGUUCGUGUACAUAUUAUUUGCUGCAUCAUGGUUGUAAAAGGCGUUGGAUGGUGGGUGGUGGAUGGAUGGAUAGAUGGAUGAAUGGAUGGUCUGACAUUCUUACCCACGAUGAAGACAGCCAGGGACAUGCCGGCUGAAAGGUUCCAACAACUUCAUCGUUCCUUGUACAUAGAGAGCAAGAGAGUACCAUAAUUAUUCUAUAUUAACUACUGCGACAAUCAAGCUAUGCAUGCAUCGUGUGCGCCCUUCCUGAUAGGCCAGCUAGUCUACCCGGGAUUGCCCGAGAUGGAUCCUCCGGAUGCAUGGGCGAAUUCCCACUUGGGCUUGCUAGUCGAGCCCUACACGCGGCGCCAGUCAUAGUGUGGAUUGG